GUUCGAACGAACCGAUUCGCCAAGAUUCAACAGGCACUUGACGGGAACACUACAUCCGGGUAACUGCUGGGGUCCUGAAAGCGCGGAAAAAGCGUUCGCUAAAUAAUCUGAGCAGCAUGUCUGGAAGAGAAGGAGGUAAAAAGAAACCCCUCAAGGCUCCCAAAAAGCAGUCGAAGGAUAUGGACGACGAGGACAUGGCUUUUAAACAGAAACAGAAAGAGGAGCAGAAAGCAAUGGAGCAGUUGAAAGCCAAGGCUGCUGGAAAAGGACCUUUAACUGGAGGUGGAAUCAAGAAGUCUGGGAAGAAAUGAAUAUGUUUCAGUGUGUAUUUGCGUGCCGUUUAAACCACCAACUCACGAUUUGGGUCCGAAAUUAUGUUUUUGUUAGUUUAUAUUUCUCUUGUGGAGUAAUGUUUUUUGUGAUUGUUUUUUUUUUUUUUGGAUGUUUAAUGUCUUUGUGAAACAGUCAGAGCUCAUGAGAAAUAACUACAGCAUUGAAACAUUUCAGUCUCAUGCAAACAAUCGCAUUGGUCCACCAAUGUUCCGUCAAAAUAUCAUAUUUGUUCAUCUUAAACUCAAAAAUGUGAUGUUAUCGUUUAUUUUUUGUUAUGUAUUAUUAGUCAUCGAGCUGCUCUUUACGUUUAAGCUGCUUUUUUGUCUUCUGCUGGAUAGCGGUCACUCGCUUUCGGCGCCUGUGAAGACAUUCGAUCUGGGUUUAAGAAGAAUAGAAGAACUUUGUAAGCUACAGUUCGGUAAUAGCUCGUGUCUUUAUGGUAAAUGUGAUUAAAUAUCAGUUCAAAUGA